CCAUACAUUGAGACAUUAAUAAAACUUUCAACGAAAAAAAAUUUUUUUUAUAAUGAGGAAUAAAAUAAUUCAAUUUACUAAUAUUAUGAUAUAUUACAUAAAUAGAAAACCAAUGAAGUUUCAUACAAUUUCAUCAAAUAGACUAACAUUGACUUUGAUUGGAGGAUUAAUAUGUCUUGAACAGAAGUAUAGAAAGCUUUACAAUUUAUCUAUGUACAACAUUGUUCCAACCUAAUAAUAACAGAGUCUGUCGUUUAUUGUUGAUUAAAUGAGAUAGUCUUACUAUGUUUAGUAUUAGUAAUAACACCCCCUUGAGUAAAGAAAUGCAAUGCACAACAACUAAUUGACAUUUUAUCAUUUUAAUUACACGUAGAAUAGAAUAUGUGUUUUUCUGUUUACAUUUGCAAGAUUAUUUCCAGAAGGGGGGGACAUCACUAAUUGAUAUUGUUGUUUAACAAAAACAAAUUAAUAUCUUUAUGAUGGAGGUCUAUACAUCAACGUGAAUUUUUGGAACAAUCACAUGAUUUAAAUCAAUAAAGUAAUCAGUGUUUAACCACUGAUUUCUAGAAUGACAAUGAGAAAUAAGAGAUAUCUGAGAACUGGUCGAAGUAAAAUAGAUAUCUUUAGUUCACGGAAAAAAGAAUAUUUUUAUAAUGCGAUGAGAAGAUGAAAGUUAUCAGAAUUAAGUUAUACACUUGAGCAAUACUUUCGGAACAAUCUAAUCACACAAGUACUUGCUAAGACAUUAUGUAUGCAAUUAAACAAAGGUCAACUAGACAAAUUAAAAGGUAAAGGGAACAUAGAUAAUAAUGAAGUACACUAUGUGAAAACCGCGCUGAAUAAUAAAUCAGUAUCAUCAGGGUAGGUUAAGGGCAAGAACAAAUAGUUUCUGAGCACAUAAAGGUUUCAGUUUCCGUAUAGCCGUGGCAUCCAACCUAUUUUAUUGGAAACUUUCGUACAAAACUACAUAAGCUGACCUAAUAUCAAUCUUAUGUCUAGUCUCAACCAAAUGUUUCGCAAUGGAGGAAGAUUUCAUCUAUCUCGUGACGUUUCUGACCAUUAGAAUUCAUUCGAUUUUGUAGCCAUUUAGGUAUGUGCAGCCAUCCUUUACUGGCAGAUCGCCAUUGCUGCUCCCUGUGUACGUGUUUCUGCACAUACAUGUAAAUUGAUAGACACAAUGGGACGUGAUAAAAUCGCUUACAUGCUGAUUGCAUUUCGGCGAAACAUAAACUUUGACCUUUCGGUAAUGACAAAUUGGGCUGAGUAAAAUGUCCUAUUGAUAGCUAAUUUAAGUAUUUGUUUCAACAUGAGAAGUAUUUUGGUCACCUCUGAAUGGUGGAGCAAUACAGACACGCUUUUGGGUGCAAAAAACAUCGUAGGUUUCAUCAUAUUGCUACCUUUCCAGUGGUUUAUAAACUUCAAUAAAUAACUGUUAUUUAUUAAUGUUUCAUUUAAGAGCUUGAAGUUUUCCUCAACAGUAUCUGUAGUACAAAUACGAUUGAUUCCAUUGAAUAAGCUUUUUAUUAAUCCAAGUUCGUACUGGAUUGGACAGUGACUAUGGAAACUGAGAUACUGUUCCGUCCAUAUCGGCUUUCCAUAAACAUAAAGUUUGAUGGGACCAUCGCUUAUACUAAUCAGUAUGUUUAGAAAAGGGAGCUGGUUGUUCAAAUCUUCGCGUGUAAGAGAAAUAUGCCCUUGUGUUGAGUUCGCUUAACAAGCGGUUCAUAUCUUCAAUGUUUAUCACUUGUGACUAUGACGUCAUCCACGUACCGCUUAUGAAUUGAAUCUUGAACUAGAUUUCCUAUAGACCCCACAAACACAUCAGGCAGAAAUAGUGCUAAAGGACUACCUGCAGUCACGUCAUCAAUCUGUUGAGAAUGCUACCUCUAAAAAAGGGAUUUCAUAUUUUCAGUAAAUGAUCAUAAUAAAUCUUUGAAAGUUCCUCCAUGAAAUAGGAACGGAAGGUCAUUUAUUAAGAUAUAAUCGCAAAGAAUAUCAACAAUCUUCCCAAAAGGUACAUUUGUAAAGUGUUUACAUCAAGCGAGCACAUUAUCUUAGUUUUUAUAUUAUUAUCCAUUAAGUAAUUAAUUAGUUCAAAUGAACAUUUCAAAGAAUAUUUGCAAAAUCGGUUUCGAAUAGGGUUUAAUACUUUGUCAAUCAUUUUGCAAGAUUAUGUGUAAGUGAUCGAUACAUUGAUAGAAUUGGACGUAGGGGGUGUUGGGGUCAUGAAUUUUUGGUAGUCCAUACAAAUUAGGAUUCAGAGAACCCGUAGAUUUGAAUAAAUUAAAUUCCUCUUUGUUAUUAGUAUUCAUGUUAAGUAAUUUCAUAAGAUUCGAGUUGUCUUUCCUCUCCAACUUACGUAAUCCAUCUGUUGGGGAUGUCAAAUCCACAGAACUUACUUGGUAAAUGGCUUAAUCUUGUAGUUUUAUUUUGAAAAUUUGAAUUUAGCUGUUUUCGCGCCAAAAGCGCUCUUUUUACCUUCACGUCAUAUCUCCCACUUGUAAACUGUCUUAAACGCUAUUGGUCCAUUGUUUCUUUGUGUGUGCUAUUUACCAAUGAUGCUCAAGGACAAAUUGUUAUUGUAUAAAUGCGCUUGACUUUUUCCCUUAUUCGAUUGCUUGUACUCGGCUGCUUACGGAAUACAUAUAUAUUCCCCUACUUGCCUUGGACUUCUUCAUCUAGUUAGCGGGGCCUGGGACAACAGAUUAGAAUAGCUUAUCGUGUCAUUGGCUUUCGUUCGUUACCGCGGAAUCGAUUUAGUUUCAGGCAUAACAAUUGGCGACGGUGGUUUGGAAACAUGGAUCCUUCUAAACUCGAAUCAUUACUUGAACAGCAGCUGAAGCUCAUACAAAUGCUGACAGACAUGAAAGUUUCGCCCCCUUCACAGCCUAGCACAGCUAAUGCAACCACAGCACCAUCAGUAGACGGCAUCGCAAAUAGUAUUGCUGAGUUUCAUUAUGAUCCUGAUGCGAACGUUACUUUUGACAUGUGGUUCCGGCGUUAUGAAGACCUAUUUAAAUUUGAUUUUGCUAAUCAAGAUGAUGCUUGGAAGGUACGACUGCUACUUCGGAAGUUGGGUGCAAGUGAGCUGGACAGGUACUGCAAUUUGAUCCUGCCAUUGAAUCCACGUGAUCGCUCUUUCGCAGACACAGUCCAGACACUAAGCCAACAUUUUGGGGACAAUUCAUCAUUGUUUAACACCCGUUACCGAUGUUUGAAGCUGGUUAUGAACGAAGACGAUGACUUCCUUACGCAUGUGGGCAUCGUUAACCGUGAAUGCGAACGGUUCCGGUUAAAGUCUUUAUCUGAAGACCAGUUCAAAGCCCUUAUCCUCAUUUGCAGCCUUCAGUCCCAGAAGUUCAGUGACAUAAGAACGCGACUACUAUGUCGAUUGGACCAAGAUCCAAAACUCACACUAAAUGACAUGGCUAAUGAAUAUCAACGCCUAGUAAAUCUACAACGAGACACGUCGAUGGUUGAGAGUGGUGGGUCUAGUCGAUCGGAAGUACGAGUAAUCCAAAAGACAACUAACCAGAAUCAGUGCGCUCCCGCUGCAUUCAGUCCAACUCAUUUCAGCCCAAUUCGACAAACCAGAACAAAUCCCUCCACUCCUUGCUGGCAUUGUGGUGCAUGGCACUACGUAAGGAAUUGCCCAUUUAAGCAACACCGAUGCAGGAAGUGCAAGGUUGUUGGCCACAAGGACGGGUUUUGCCUUAAGAGCACACCAAAUCGAUCCAGUAAUACCAAAAAGACGGUUCCAAAGCCCUGUACCUCUUCUUAGAGCUUGGUAUCUUCUUGUCAGAGUUCAUCACCAGGUGAGAGGAAAUUCAUUAACAUUAAUAUUAAUGGACAUUUUUUUAGAUUGCAAAUAGAUACCGCAUCAGACGUCACCAUCCUCUCUCACAAAAAUUGGAUCAAAAUGGGUAGCCCAAGCCUGCAGCGAACAACUAAAAAGCCUCGUACCGCAUGUGGUAAUUUCCUACACUUAGCAGGACAAUUGGAAUGUAGAGUGACCUUCCGGGAGUCGUCAUUUACCGGGUUAUGUCAUAUAACUCCAGCUGAUCUAAAUUUACUUGGUUUAGAUUGGUUCGAUCAACUGAAAUUGGCUGAUGUCCCACUAAAUACCAUAUGCCACGUGAUAUCACAACCUCAUGGCACUGAAUCGUAUACCAGGAAGCUAAUGGCGCAGUUUUCAUCGAUUUUCCAGCCUGGUUUGGGACAGUGUUCUACCUUAAAAGCAACGCUUCGUUUGAAACCUGGAGCUAAGCCUGUCUUUCGUCCCAAAAGACCCGUGCCUUAUGCGACGUUACCAACAGUAGAUGAAGAAUUAAACCGCCUCCAACAAGAAGGAGUAAUUACUCCCGUUUCUUACUCCGCCUGGGCAGCACCGAUAGUGGUCAUCAAGAAAGCAAACGGCACCUUACGAAUAUGUGCUGAUUUUUCUACAGGUCUAAAUGCAGCCCUUGAACAACACCACUAUCCCUUACCAGUUCCGGCAGAUUUGUUUACGAUGCUGAAUGGGGGAAAAUUCUUCGCAAAACUGGAUCUCGCUGAUGCUUAUUUGCAAGUUGAAGUAGACGAAGCAUCUAGGGAGCUGCUUACUAUCAACACUCACCGUGGGUUAUUUCAGUACAACCGUUUACCAUUCGGUGUCAAGACUGCACCAUCUAUUUUCCAACAAUCAAUGGAUACUAUCUUAUCGGGCAUCCCGGGAGUCGCGGCUUACCUUGACGACAUUCUAAUUGUUGCCGCAACGUUAGAACAGCUACAUGAACGAACGACAUCGGUACUGAAACGCAUUAGUGAAAACGGGUUCCGGUUACGACCUGAGAAAUGCCAGUUUUUAUUACGGUCCGUAAAGUAUUUGGGGUUUAUUUUUGAUGCUGACGGCCGCAGACCGGAUCCUGAAAAUGUCCAAGCGAUAAGACAGAUGCCCACACCCACGAAUAUCUCCGCACUGCGUUCCUUCAUGGGACUGGUCUCUUACUAUGCCGCGUUCGUCCCUUCAAUGCAUGACAUUCGUGCCCCACUGAAUGGCCUACUGAGCAAGAACAGUACGUGGAACUGGACUAAAGAGUGUGACGCAGCAUUCUGUAAACUGAAGUCCAUCAUCAGCUCGAAAUUGUUAUUAACGCACUACGAUCCAUGCAUGCCAAUCAUUGUAGCUGCAGAUGCCUCAGCGUAUGGCUUAGGAGCCGUCAUUUCUCAUCAGUUUCCAGACGCAACAGAGAAGGCUGUCAUGCACGCAUCCCGAACACUGACCCCGGCAGAAAGGAAGUAUAGUCAGAUAGAGAAGGAGGCUCUCGCCCUGGUGUUUGCGGUGCGGCGGUUCCACAAAUUUUUGUACGGUCGGAGGUUCACACUCCUUACGGAUCACAAGCCCCUUCUCGCAAUUUUUGGUUCGAAAUCUGGCGUCCCGGCCCAUUCUGCAAACCGUCUCCAACGAUGGGCUUUGAUCCUCUUGGGGUAUGAUUUUGACAUUCAGUAUCGACGCACCAAACAAUUUGGUCAAGCAGACGCAUUGUCACGACUCAUCAACGAACACUCUACGACCGAUGAAGAUGCCGUUAUCGCUUCUCUUUCGACAGAAGACCACGCGCAAUGCUACCUGACAACCGCUGUUCGUGCUUUGCCAGUCUUAGAAUCUGAGAUACAAACUGCUUCCAGAAACGACCCCGUCAUUAAGAAAACGAUGAACUACGUCACCAAUGGCUGGUCAUCAACUGAACUUGACGGUGACAUGAAGCAGCUUUACCAUCGUCGUGACUCAUUAUGUGUCGUAAAUGAAUGCUUGAUGUUUGGAGAUAGAGUGGUCGUGCCAGAAUCCCUACGACCGAGGGUGCUGAAGCAAUUCCACAUUGGUCAUCCAGGCAUAAAGCGUAUGAAAUCCAUCGCCAGAAGCUAUGCUUACUGGCCCCUCAUGGACCAGCAUAUCGUGGAUCUAGUAAACAAAUGUGCUCAGUGUCAACAAGCUGCAAAGUCCAAUGCGAAGGUACCGCCGGUCCCAUGGCCACAGCCUGAGCAUCCCUGGUCUAGGAUACAUAUCGACUUUGCCGGUCCAGUCAACGGAACCACAUAUCUUGUCGUGGUCGACGCCUUCUCAAAAUGGCCGGAGAUUGUUCCCACCACUUCACCAACGACCACCCAGACCCUGAAACAUUUGACUGAGUUGUUCGCACGAAACGGAUUACCGGAAGUGAUUGUAUCCGACAACGGUUCGCAGUUCACCUCGGCGCAGUUCCAAGAGUUCUGCAAACGCCUAACCAUCAGGCAUCUUCGCGCCCCACCUUACCACCCACAAUCGAAUGGGCAAGCGGAAAGGUUCGUGGAUACGUUCAAGAGGGCUCUGAUUAAGUCAAAAGGGGAGGGGACGCCAGUGGAAACACUGCAGAAUUUUUUAUUUGCCUACAGAACGACCCCCAACGACACGCUGCCGGAGCAGAAGUCCCCUGCAGAGAUCCUCAUGGGAAGACGGCUGAGGACCAUUCACAACUUGAUGCUGCCGAAAUCCACACCACCACUAAUACAAACCACGUCCCGGAAGCUACCCACGUACAACGUUGGAUGCCCAGUAUUCGCUCGGGACUACAGAGCAAAUCGUGACCCUUGGAUCGAAGCACGUGUGGUUAGACGGGUGGGAGAAGUCAUGUAUGAGGUUGAGGUAGGAACGGACAGAUGGACCAGACAUCGAAAUCAACUACGCAAGCGGUUAACACCAGAGCGCCCAUCGACCGAAGUAAAGAUUCCGCUGGACGUACUAUUGGAUACAUUUAAUCUGCCGGCAGUCCCAACGCAUGAAGAAGCACAAAAGGUCGAUCUACGGUCCCGAAGAUGGUCACUGCGCCAACGGCGACAGACAGUUAGAAUGCAGGUGGACCGUUACUAAAAAGGGGAGGUGUUGGGGAUGUCAAAUCCACAGAACUUACUUGGUAAAUGGCUUAAUCUUGUAGUUUUAUUUUGAAAAUUUGAAUUUAGCUGUUUUCGCGCCAAAA